GUUUCUUUCGUUCUGUCAAAAGACUGGCUAGGAACAAACGCGAAAAUAGAACGAUAUAGGUUCUGAUGGAGAAUCAACGAGUCAGAUCACUAUGAAAAUCCUUCACGACCUCUGGAAAAGAACGAGAAAACGGAGAGCAUCGAAUGACAGAACCGCAGUCUUUAGAUCGCCAUUAUUUGCCCAGGGGGGCCGUCAUGCUGGUUGCCACUAGCUGCGUAUCUGUUAAAUCCUCGACAGGCUCCACAGACCUUCAUUGAAGUUCAUUCACCUUCGGAUCUCGAGCGUAGAUGGUUUGUAGAAAAGGACAUACCGAUCGAAAUGACGACAGGUCUCACCUCGGUCAGCGGUCGAGGAGACUCAGAAGAGGCAAGAAAGAUGAAGAUGGUUGUGGAGAUGACGUUCCAGAGGGAAGUAAUAUCCCAUUUCAAUCUCGCCUACGAUGACUAAAGAAUCUCCGAUGUAGCAUGUGAAAGGUUCAUUUUGCACCAUAAAGAUCAUCAUGGAACCUCAGAUCAUCUUCGAGCGGGAGGGCUUGCACAUCAGGGAAGAUCAGAGAUGAUGAUUUGGGCAGGUGGCUGUGGGGAUUUGGUGGGAAAUGCGGGCCUGAUGACCGUCAAAGCCAACAGCUUUUCGGUUUUUCUCCCAUGCCGAAAUAAUGGUUCAGUUUCAUGGCUUCCGUGAUUUUCCCAUGCAUGGCCACUUCUGCGGCCUUGCCGAAAGCCGAUCAUUCAAUCGUAAUGGUUCCGAACCGCCGUUAGGACAAGAUCGCGAGCAAGCCGAGUGGAGCCGAGCUUCUGAGAUUCUGCGACUGCCGGCGACCUACUAGUAUUUCCAUCCAGUUGAGGCGAAUGCAGGAGAGUCUAUAAACUUUAAAGUUCUAUAGUUGCUGAUUGAAUCAGACCCGCGGCAGGCUCAUUUGAUACAGCUGCAAACGAGGCGAUGAGACUGUCAGCCUUAAAAGUCAGGGGUUCUGGCCCUUUUAUCAUAACGGCUUCCAGGGACCCGCCAGCUUUGUGCCCAAUAAUGACCUCAACCAUCGACACUGAAUCCCAGCCAAGCUUCAAGCGUGUUUAUUCAGACUUGGACGAGCCUGCUGCCAACGCUCCGCCUCUUGGUGGGCAGUAUGCACUAUCCCAGAUUUUACCCAUAAUCGGCGCGCUUUGUCUGGCGCUUUUUCUCAGUGCAUUUGAACUGAGUGCAGUUUCAACUGCUUUACCGACCAUCGUUCAUUCCAUUCCGGGAUAUCGUGCUCAAGACUUCAUAUGGCUGGGUUCCGCUUACUCUCUCGCUGCGACAGCCUUCCUUCCGCUCAGCGGGGCCCUCGCACAGGUCUUUGGAAGGCGUCCCGUCGUCCUCGGGUCUCUUGCUCUUUUUACUCUCGGAAGCGCACUAUGCGGAGCGGCAAAGGUUGAGGCACACAUUCUUGCAGGAAGAGCCAUUCAAGGUGUCGGAGGAGGAGGUAUACACUCCAUGUCCUACAUCGUUCUCGCCGAUCUCGUUCCAUUGCAGAAACGAGGCAAAUAUAACGCGUUUAUUGGACUGACUUGGAGUUUCGCAUCGGUUCUGGGACCAGUAUUGGGUGGCCUCUUAGCUCAGAAAGGAGCGUGGAGGUGGUUGUUCUAUCUCAAUAUUCCAGCAUGCGCCAUUGUGGCUCUCCUGGUCAUUCGAUACCUCAACCUGAAAACUCCCAAGGAGUCGCUGCUUUCCAAUUUGAGACGGCUCGAUUUCGUUGGAAACCUUGUGGUUGUCGGGAGCACGACUGCUUGCGUCCUUGCACUUGCGUGGGCUGGAUCAUCAUUCAGCUGGCAUUCAGUUCAGGUUCUCGCCCCAUUAUGCCUCGGCUUAAUUGGUCUCAUCGCCUUUUUUGCCUACGAAGCCGUGUAUGCGAAGCAUCCGAUGGUACCGUCUUUACUGUGGUCUAAUCGCACAAGUAUCAGUGGCUAUAUCCAAACCUUUGUCCUCCAAGUGACGCUCCUGUGCCUCAUCUACUAUCUUCCCGUGUAUUUCCAAGCUUGCAAGCUAGCGUCACCCGUCAAAUCGGGUUUGGAUCUGUUUGGACUCGCGUUGACCAUCGCUCCAGUCUCUAUCGUGGUUGGUCUUAGCGUCGCCAAGUUCAGAUGUUACCGACCUCAGAUUUGGGUUGGGUGGUCCAUCAUGAUCCUUUCGAUGGGCCUGCUCAGCACCGUCAAGGAGACUAGCGAUAUUUGGCUCUCCAUCGGUUACACAAAUAUCCUUGGCGCGGGAAUAGGAACGGUAUACACAACAUCGGUCUUUCCUGUCCUUGCACCAUUACCCGUCUCUGCGAACGCUCAGGCCCUUUCUCUCGUGAUGUUCCUGCGCUUGUUUGGGCAGGUAUGGGGAAUCACGAUCGGCGGGGUGAUCUUACAGAACGGUCUCGCUGAUCUCCCGGCUGAAGUCGUAGCAGUGCUUCCCCCAGGUGGAGAUAUAGCAUACGGGUCUAUCGCUGUGCUACCAACAAUGCCGCUUGUGCUGCAAGCUGAGGUACGGUCGCUCUUCGCGAGUUCAUUGAGCACACUUUGGCAGGUCAUGGCUGGACUUUCUGGGAUCGGGCUUCUGUCUUCUUUGAUGAUGAAGGCAGUACCAAUGCACACAUAUACUGACGAAAAAUGGGGUGUUGCUGAGGAUGAACAGUCUUGCAUUGAGAAACCUUAGAGAACCCCUUUCGUAAUUCGCAAUUCGCAAAAAAAUAACGUGUAGUGCUAUGAAUUGUAAUUAUAUUUGAAUUAUGUAUCUCAAUGAAAAGCAAUUGUCC